AUGGCUCUUCAUCUCUCCCUCCUCCUCCUCCUCUUCCUCAUCCUCAUCCUCUGCAGAGUCUCAGCAGGUAUGCAUGUGUCUGUGCAGGCCGGAGGCUCCAUCACCAUCCCAUGUCACUAUGAUCUGAAUCACAUCAACCAUGUGAAAUACUGGUGUAAAGGAUUCCUUUGGCACGGAUGUUCUUAUGUGGUACGCACUGACCAUCCUAAGAGCAGUAGUAAUGCCUUAAUCUCUGAUGACAUCAACAAGAGAAUCUUCACUAUGACCAUGACUAACCUGAAGUCAUGGGACUCUGAGAAUUACAGGUGUGUUGUGGUGAUCAAUGGAGGACCAGAUAUCAGGAUACAAUGGUUCUACCUAUCUGUCACUCCAGCUACUCCAGAACUCUAUGUGGACCAACAGGAAGUGACUGGAGUAGAAGGAGGGAGUGUCACUGUCCGUUGUUACUAUAGUAACUCUGGAGAUAUAAAGUGGUGCAGGAUGGGUGGUGAUUGUAAACCCAAGCUGAGGGGAACAUGGAGGAAGUCCACCAGAGUCUACCGCAUACAUCGACAUCGUGACAGAAACACGCACAUAUGGAGUCAGCAGGAACGACUGGAUCUACCGAGACGAUGGAGGAACGAGUCCAACGUCAAGGGACGAUCCUCCAGAAUCUCGUUCUGUUUCCUGCGCCUGACUUCAGUCUACCGCAUACACCGACAUCGUGACAGGUCCAUAGAUGUGAAAGUCCUACUGAUUCCUUGGGGCAUGUUGUUGGUGGUGACAGCUGGUAUCCUAGUCACAUGGAAGAUGUGGACAAAGCAUAAGGACAAUAAGGCCAAGGACCAGACAACUAACAACUCAGUGGCCCCAUUUCCUGAAGAUGAUGAUGAUGUCACAUACAGCACUGUCAUCCCCCAGCACAAGGCCCAACUAAAAGUACAGGCCAAGGCAGCAGAACCAGAUGAUAAUGUGGUCUACAACUCACUAGCUCUACAGGUGACCACACAGCAGAGGGCAGCAGCAGCACAGCAGUGACUGACUGAGUGACCUUGGUGGAGUCCUUAUCCUGGAAGGACAGCCCACUCCCCUCUCCUGUGUCACAA